UCAACUCUAACAGUUCCAAAAUAAAUUAUCUGGGCUCAAUGGCGGGAAAUGGGCACUGCAACAACAAUCGCCUCUUGUUCCACUCACACCAACGCCUCUGCUCAGCGGACAUCCUUCAACCUCAUGAGGUAAGAGCAAGGAUCGAAGCCACAAUCCUCAAAUUCCUCCAUCUACUGGCUUCUCCGACUCCAACAGUCGCCGAUCUUCCACUGAUUGCUCGAAGGUCAAAGAAUGCUAGGUUUCGCCAUAGCUUGUUCGGAGAUGUUACAUCAAUUUACCUUUCACAGUCUCUCUGUCGAAUAUCUCUGAUGAAGAUCAAUGUUGCAAAAACUUUUAUUAGAGUGUGGAAAGUGCUGGAGCUCUGUUUUCAGCUUCUGGUUCACGGCAAACAGGUUACCCAACGGGAGCUAUUCUAUAAGUUGCUUUCCAGUUCUCCCAAGUACUUUGACUCUCAAGUUCAAGUUAACAAAUCUGUCCAAGAUGUUGUUUCUUUGUUAUGUUGUAGUCGCAAUAGUCUAGGACUCAUGCCCUCUAGCAGAGGCACAGUUGUUGGGCGGCUCUUGAUACAGGAGGAAAACCAAGAAAUAGUGGAUUGUUCUUUACUUGGGCCUGCUGGUCAAGCUAUCACUGGCAACUUGCACUUGUUAGAGAACUUUGUUUUCCAGUCCAAUGCUCGUUACAUAUUCGUUAUUGAAAAGGAUGCAAUAUUCCAGAGGCUGGCUGAAGACCGCAUUUUUAAUCAUAUUCCAAGCAUUUUAGUGACUGCCAAAGGUUAUCCAGAUAUUGCGACGAGGGUUUUUCUCCAUCGCCUGAGCAAGAUUUUUCCAACUCUCCCGAUACUGGCACUGGUUGACUGGAAUCCAGCUGGACUGGCUAUACUGUGCACGUACAAAUUUGGUAGCAUAGGAAUGGGUUUGGAGGCCUACAGAUAUGCUUGUGAUGUGAAGUGGCUGGGUUUGCGAAGCGACGAUCUUAUGCUUGUUCCACAGGAUUCAAAGGUGAUGAUGAAGACCAGGGACCUUCAGAUAGCGAAGAGCCUAAUGUCCUCAGAUAUGCUUCAGGACCACAAGUAUAAGGAGGAACUGAGGGCAAUGAUUCAAGGAGGUCAAAGGGUAGAAAUCGAAGCCCUCUAUGCUCAUGGAUAUGAGUUUUUGGGCAGAUAUAUGGUGACAAAGGUGGUGCAAGAUGAUUAUUUCUAAAGGCUUACGGUUGAAGAGCAUUUCCAGUAUUACUUUUCAAUAAAUAGCAGUGAGUUUAGAGCUCAUUAUACGAAGCCCGGCAUUCUUAUAUGAUAAAACUAUUCUUGUGAUCUCAGUGCUUCAUGACCUGGUCAAGUCCAAUGACAUGGCCGUCACUGAUUGUCUGAAAGCGUUUUUGUACAAACUAUAAACUAAAAUAAGUUUGUGCAUUAUUAUGGUUGUAUGGCCAUGUUUGGCCAAAAUACCUCACCAAUACUAUAUGGCUUUCCAAGUGAUAUUGUUCCCUCGUUUAAAGUAAGCUGAAA